AUGUCCUCCACGUGUCCACUACCAUCGAGUUUAGACGAGACGGACCUACGGUUAGCCGCUGAUAAAGUGAGUCGGGGGGCGAGAAAAAAAAGGAGAUGCAGAACAAUCGAACGCAAUUAUUUGUGCCGCAUCUUCCAUCUUCCUUUCCUCUUCUUUAUGGGACCAAUAAGGGUUUGUGUCAGGAAGAAAAGAACGGAAAUGAAGUUAUUGGCCAGAGGAGACGUUCUCUCCGAUGCGAACCUCAUCUCGGGGCUAAAAAAGUUCAAACAAAUGCCAUACAAACUCGGAUGUUUUGUCGAAAUGACUGAAAUGAUCUCUAGAAUAUAUAGGACAAAUGAAAAAGUUACUAAAAAUUCGCUAAUAACCGACCACAGCUUAUACAAAACUCGGCGGCUUGGCGCUAAUCCCUGAACGAGUUAUUUGUGAAAGUGGACUGAAAAUGAACUGAAAAUAAGAUGACCACCAUUUUCCAGUGUUCAUUGUCGUUUUUGAAAGCGAAAUGGCUGUUUGGUCAUUUCGAAAGGCACUCCGGAUUAUUUUGUGUUCCAAAGUGUCUGUAGCUCGGGAGUUGUUCAUCGAACACUUUGUGUUUUGUAUCCAAUCGAACAAUGCGUUGAGAAAUGCGAGACGAACUACAACCAUUAAUCCGUUCUGACAGAGAAAACACAAAUUCUGUUGAUCCCGCGCUCUUGUUUACUUGAAAAAAGGACUGACAGUUUCGAAAAGUUGUCUUCAGAAUCGGUGAGGAGCAUCUCAGUUCUUGUUGCAGAUCCUGAGAAACCAGUCGUCGGGAGAGUGCACUUUCCAAAUGUUCUACGAUCAAAUGUACUCCCUGCACGGCGUCUACUUCAUCUUCGAAUCGACGCCGUUCGUGCAUCCGAUCUUCUCGCAAAUCUUCUACGGAAUCCUCUUCACGCUCACCAUAUUUCUGGCGCUCAUGGGCAACUUUACAGUCAUGUGGUCAGUUUGGCGCCGCCAUUCAAGUGUAGUACAAAUUAGAGGAAGAGAUGAGUUGCAGGAUUAUUCUGUACCACCGUCAAAUGCGCAGUGUCACCAACUAUUAUUUGUUCAAUUUGGCCGUGGCCGAUGCGUCGAUUUCGGUCUUCAACACGGGAUUCUCGUGGUCCUAUAAUUAUUAUUAUGUUUGGAAGUGAGUUUGCGGCAGGUCCGCCUCUUCUAUGCUACGGAAAUUCUAGAUUUGGGAGCUUCUACUGUCGAAUCAAUAAUCUGAUGGGCAUCACUCCGAUCUGUGCGAGUGUCUUCACAAUGAUUGUGAUGAGCAUCGAAAGGUCAGUUACUGCACGGCCAAGUUGGACUUGAGACCUCGAAUUUCGCCUCCAAAAACGCAUAGCGGUCUUUCAGGUACUACGCAAUAAUCCAUCCGCUGAAAAAGAGGCCGGGAAGGAGAUCGACAGUCACCAUCAUCAUCAUGAUCUGGUUUCUCGCCUUCCUUUUCGGCGUUCCCGCGUUUUUGGCCUCAAAGGUUCGUUUUCACUUCGGUGAAGCUGUGACAACCACACAAAACAAUCUAUUUUGUACUGUAUUCAUCGAGACGUGCAAUAUCAAAAGAGAAAAAGAGACUGGACGGAAGAGUCAGUUAAAUGUUUAGGGUGGGGGCUUCUCAAAAGGGAAAAGUGUUGCACAAUAAGACGCGCGGAAUAUUACGAGAGUGUGAAACUGUACUUUUUUUGCCCAAAUUUCACGAAUAAAAGAAGGAAUCGUUUCAGGUUGACGUCUACUACUUCUACGACGGCAACACGCUUUACGAGAAUCCUCUGUGUCUCGCGGACAAUUUUCCCGGCGGAACCAACUCGCUUUUGGGCCAAGUGUGAGUGUUCAACCAGGCAAAACACAUUUGAGCGUAUUCGUCAGAUAAUCUGAAAAGUCCUUCUUUUUUUUGGCUAGAAUGUGUCCCCCAAAACAGUAAACUGUAUUUCAGGUACAACAACGGACUGAUCACAGUCCAGUACAUCCUCCCUCUUUGCAUCCUUUCCGCUGCCUACUAUCGCGUUGGCGUCGAGUUGAGAAAGGUGAGAAAAAGAGGAGGAAGAGAUCAAGUGCAACCGCUUGAUUCCAGGACAAAACAGUGGGCGACGUGCGACACGCGAAAUCAGUGGCCGCGAAGAAGAAGGCGUCGAUCAUGCUGGCGGUGGUGGUGUUCAUUUUCAUGAUCGUCUGGUUUCCCUACAACGCCUACUACCUCACUCUUCAUCUCGUGGAGCCGAUCGGCAACCGCAUGCUCAGCCUGUACAUCUACAUUAACAUCUACUGGCUCGGCAUGUCCUCCACCGUCUUCAAUCCCGUCAUUUACUACUUUAUGAACAAAAGGUCAGUGUUUCGGGCAGUAGUGCUCAUUCGCAAAAUGUCGUUUCGUUUCCAGAUUCCGUGUCGGAUUCCACCACGCGUUCCGUUGGCUGCCGUUCGUGCGCUCCGACAAGGACGAGUACCACACGAUCCUUUCGCAAACGCGGCCUUCGCUGAUGCCGCCGAUGACGCAGGCGCACACGGAUUUCUGA